UUCGAGUAGCCAUUAAAAAAUAUUCACCAGUUGACUCAACAACUAACCCGUCACUAAUACUUUUGGCGUCAAAGCUUCCUACAUAUGCACAUCUAAUUGACGAGGCUGUCAAAUUUGGUUUGCAUCAAAAGUGAGUUGUGUCGUAUAUUUCGUUUCAACUCUUCAGGACACUUGAAGAGCAGAUCCAGGCAGCGUUUGAUCGUGUAUUUGUACUGUUUGGUUGUGAAAUUCUCAAGGUUGUUCCCGGUCGUGUCUCAACAGAGGUGGAUGCUCGGUACUGAGUGCUGUAAAGUGCAUAACCCUGUAAAUCUUUUUUAAAAGGUACUCGUUUGAUGUACAAAAGCAAGUUGACACUGCCCGUCACUUGAUCAGCAUGUACGAGACUAUGGGAGUCUCGAAGGAUCGCGUCCUAAUUAAGCUGAGUUCUACAUGGGAGGGUAUCCAAGCGGGAAAGAUUUUAGAGUCCAAAUAUGGCAUUCAUUGCAAUCUGACGUUGAUGUUCUCACUGUGUCAGGCGAUCGCUUGUGCUGAAGCUGGAGUGACGCUCAUUUCCCCAUUCGUUGGUCGGGUACUUGAUUGGCAUGUGGCAAAGCAUGGGAAAGUGUCUUACGGAAGGAUGGAUGACCCUGGUGUUCAGCUAGUCACAUCGAUUUACAAGUAUUACAAAUCCCACGGGUACAAAACCGAGAUUAUGGGUGCAUCUUUCCGGAACGUGGAACAGAUCCUCGGACUAGUUGGCUGUGAUCUCUUGACAAUCGCUCCGAACCUGUUGGAGGAAUUAUCCAAAAUGACGGAGAAUCCCAAGAGAUGUCUCAGCGUAGAUGAAGUACUUGCUUCCACUGGAACUGGAUGCACAUUGCCUCGUCCAGCGCCGAUCAGCGAGGCCGAAUUCCGUUGGCAACUAAAUCAGGACGAAAUGGCCUCGGACAAACUGUCGGACGGAGUGAGGCGUUUUGCAAAAGACGCUGAAACCUUACGCGAACUGCUCAAAGCGAAAAUUCUUGGAAACUAGAUUAGAGUCGCAUUGCUCGUCUUCGCCUUAAGCAAUUCCUGGUCGCUUUUUUAUACCUCUCUGUUUUUUUUUUGUAUCUGCUUAGUGAAUUGGCAAAGGAUUCAACUUCCUCCUUUUCUGCUAUAAUCUCAGUCGUCUUCAUUGCGUAACAUUCCACCAUCUGGAUUUUUUGAGAUUCCCUCUAUCUAGACAGUUUUUUUGCCAAGUUUCGUCUGAC